UCUAAUAGAGGUGACUGCAUUUUACCGAACACCUGCGAAUGCUACCCUGGAUUUGACGGUGCCGCAUGUAACACAACGGCUAAACCGAACGUACACACUCCGGUUUUUGCUGCGUCGCUGUAUAACGCCUCUGUCCUGGAGAACAGUGCCCUGGGAACAAAGGUUCUCCAAGUUCAUGCGAAUGAUGCCGACACAGGUCGAAAUGCGCAGCUUCUGUUCUCGAUAGACAGCAGCAAUGGCGUAAACCUUGCUUUCACAAUCGAUAGCAUAUCGGGUGAAAUUCUUACAUCCUCGGUGUUUGAUUAUGAAAGUUACUCUCCUCGCGUGUUCAAGCUGAAGAUCAUGGUUUCAGACAAUGGUACUCCACGGAAGUCAAGCUCUGUGUUCACUUACAUCCAUAUUGUCGACGUCAAUGACAACUGCCCGAUUUUUAACUCAGCUCCAACAAACUGGUUUCAAAUCUCCCAGCAUACUUCUCCAGGAACUCUUCUGACAAAGGUAUCCGCUACCGAUAAUGAUAGCGGCCUCAAUGGAGAGAUAAGGUACAGCAUAUCAACAUCAAGUAACUUUGAUAAAGCUUUUUCAGUGGGUGGAGAAAAUGGCGUCCUCUCAGUGACCGGAGAGCUGAGGGCUAAAAAGUAUGCUUUGGUCGUGGUCGCACGAGAUCUUGGCGUGCCAGCCUGUUCCCGUCAAAUUGAUAUCAAAGUAAAUGUGUUUCCCGAGUCGGAAGAUACAGAAGCUCCCAUUACUACAGCAGUUGUUAGCUCUACAGACGUUUACUCCUCUACAAUUGUGUUCACCACAACAAGAAUUAAAGAAAUUCCUCCCAAGAGUUGGUAUCAGCGUCCAGGAAUACUCAUUGGAAUGUCUGUUGGUGGAUUUGUCAUUGUCAUCAUUGUCCUGUCCAUAUUUCUGACUGUACUGUCUCGGAGGUUGAAAGGAAGAUAUGUAGUGAACCGAAAAAAUAAAGACCAACCUCGCAUCCGGGACUCCAGAAUUGACGAUCUCAUGGGAAGUGUCGAGAACUCGCGUCCACAAUCCAGUACAGAAUGUCUUGGAGUCGUGUCAGGUGAAAUAAAGGACAGGGAGUCCUAUGAGAUGCAGAGUAUGCCACAUGUACAUUCUUAAUUUUUUUUUAAAGUUUUUCCUACCGUGUAUUAAGAUGUAUUGUUUAAGUUGUAAGUGAUUGCAAUCACAAAAACAAAAUAACGUUUUCGUUAGAUUUCACAAAAAAUUUAAACUAUUAGAAAAAAAAUUGCCAUGAUGAAUAAACUGAUCAAGAUGAAAAUUUUCAAUUAGAGAGAACACAUCCCGAUAUAAAAAGGGAAUGCUUUUGAAACUAAGUGGUUGUGACACGCUUGAAAGCAUUUUUAAAAUGUCCAGAAGAACUAGGACCUACACCUACUUAAACUUAUAGGCUUAAUUGCAGAUAUAAAAACAAAAUAAGGAAAUUGGGGAGGGCAGUGUAUUCCUUUACUUCAUUUGCUGCCAAGGACAUCGCUUUUCCCACCUUAAUUUCUCUUGUCUGAACAUUCCUGAGCCUUCUGCUCUGUAUUGAAAUACGUAUAAGACCUGCAUUGAAAUAUUUACGAGCAGAUAUCUUGUAGUUACAAUAUAGGUUCUUAUGAGAAUCUCAGGAUUUUAUCUUAUUUUAGGACAACUCCUCUCAGUGUCAGGGAAAUUUCAAACUCUACAUGUUGCCGAUUUAUACAAUUUUGCACUUUUCACCGUACUGUUGUAAUGAAUUGUCAUAUUAAAGGUGAUGGUAUUUAAAGUGUU